CGUCAUAUCAGUUCAAUUGUACAUAGGGAAGGAGUUUUAUCAUUUUUCUUUCGCUUUCUCGGACGGUGAUGGCGUCGAAAUCAUGUCUAGUUUUUAUUCUUCUCAUUUGUUUCGUGUUGAAUUCGUUUUCAAAACCGGCUCAUGAAGAAAAUGGUUUCACAUCUUGGGUGAUGCGUUUAGAAAGCGACGUACGAAACAGAAUAUUGUCAACUGGUCUUUGUUCAGUUUGUAAACUAUUGGCGUUUGUCGCUCAAAUUGCGCUCUUAACAAACAAAAUCGAGGCGGACGUGGUAUAUGAAGGACGUUUGUUAUGUAAGGAACUGAAGAUAGAGGAUUCACGAGUUUGUACCGAUGUUAUCUCAGAGUUUCGAAACGAAGUAUUGACAGUCGCCGACAAAGCGUUUCUCGAUCCCAUUGAACUUUGUGGAAGUCUGUUAGGUCCUUCGUGCGCUCAUGCCAGAGAUCUUGGGGAAUUUUGGAAUUUAACCGUGCCUGGAAAUAAGCCGCCAGUUAAACCUGUUCCUCCUCCAAAGCCUGGCUCACCAGUUUCCCGUGUGUUACACUUUUCUGAUGUUCAUCUUGAUCACCUGUAUCAAGAAGGGAGUGACCCUGAUUGUGGCGAGCCUCUGUGUUGUCGCAAAAAUGAUAAGCCUCCAGCACCUGGGAAGCCCAAAGCAGGAAAAUAUGGAGACUAUCAGUGUGAUAUUCCUGCAAUAACUUUUGAAAGUAUGUUGCAGCACAUCAGCAGUACACAUCAGGACAUUGAUUAUGCAAUUUGGACAGGAGACAUUCCUCCACACAACAUUUGGAACCAGUCACGUUCAGAUCAGAAAGAGGCAGUUAACUAUGCCAGUCAACUUUUAGAGAAAUAUCUGCCAGGAGUGACAAUAUUUCCUGCUGUUGGCAACCAUGAGGGUGCACCAGUGAAUAGCUUCCCUCCACCAUUUAUUACUGGUGAUAACUCAAAUCAGUGGCUCAGAGAUGCUUUAGCUAAUGACUGGAUCCAAUGGCUUCCAAAUGAUACAAUUCCUACAAUUCACAAAGGAAUCUUCUACACAGUCUAUAUGUCAAAAGGAUUUAGGAUAAUUUCAAUCAACAUGAACUACUGUAACAAUAUGAACUGGUGGCUUUUAAUUGAUAACUAUGAUCCUGCUCAUCAACUGCAGUGGUUGAUAGACACUCUACAAGAAGCUGAAGACAAUGGUGAAAAGGUUCACAUUAUUGGCCAUAUUCCUCCUGGCAGUGGUGACUGUCUGACGCCUUGGAGCUGGAAUUACUACAAGAUUAUAAAUCGUUAUGAGAGUACGGUCACAGCCCAGUUCUUUGCUCAUACACACCUUGAUGAGUUUGAAAUCUUUUAUGAUGAAAAGACUAGGAAAAGACCCACAAACAUUGCCUAUAUUGGACCAAGUGUUACAACUUACCAACAACUUAACCCUGGAUACAGGAUUUAUGAAGUGGAUGGUCAUUAUGUAAACAGUUCUAGGGCUAUCCUCAACCAUGAAACUUACAUUUUGGACUUGGUGGAAGCAAACAAGGGGAAUGUAAAGUGGAAAUUGGAGUAUUCUGCCAAGGAGGCAUAUGGAAUGAAAUCACUUUUGCCUGAAGAUUGGGAUGACUUAGUACAUCGCAUGGCAAGCAAUACAACUUUGUUCAAUACUUUCUACAAAUAUUACACAAAAUCUGCACGAAAUGAUUCAUGCGAUGAUAGUUGUCGUAAGUACACACUCUGCCGCAUGAUGAGUGGACGUUCCCAUGAUGACAGUGCCUGCACCCUUAACACAACCCUAACACAAGAGGAGAAGCAUUCCUUUGAUCAAUCUCUGGAUUUUUGCUGAAGUUGGAAUCUCCCUAAAAAUUAUUUGGCAUUACAAAUAAAAGGAUAAGAUGAACUUAUUAAUUUAAGUGUAUAAAAAAUGUAGAUGGCAUGGUACUAUUUAGCUUAAUUAAUUGUGAAUUAAUUAUUUAUAUUACAAUUGUUCUUUCAUUGGCUAUGUGAAGUUGUGCUUUUAUUUUGAAAGUUUUCAGUUUCUAGUUGCACUCUCUUGAUCCAAAUGAUAAUAGAAAAAAGAUAUAGUAACAUUUGAAACUCGCCAUCUUUUAAUAUGAGGGCAAUUUUGUAUAGAGCUCAUUAGAGGUAUUUAAAGCAUAAAUGAACCAUGGUUAGUUGAACCCAGUCAACUACAAAUUUGAACUAUUUUUUACAUAGUGUUAUUAAACGUUUCUUAUUCAUUCGUAUGUCAUAAUGAAAAUAAAUGAAUUUUUCUUGGUUAAA